AUGUCGUCUUGCGAUUCAAACCUCCGUUUUACCCUCUUCCGGGGGUUUCCCGGCACGGGCCACUACACCUGGUCCCCCUUUGUAACCAAACUCGAGGCGCGCAUGCGUUUCUCGGGCAUCUCCUAUCGCACCGAAUCAGGAUCACCGAGAACUGCACCACGAGGCAAACUUCCAUACUUGACUAUCGAGUCGGAUGACAAUCAACCACCCCAGACGAUUUCAGAUUCCGCCUUAAUAAUCAAAGGUUUCGUGGAAAACGGCAUGAUGGAAGACCUGAACGCGCAACUUAGUCCGGCAGAAAAGGCACAAGACCUCGCCUUGCGCGCACUUCUUGAAGACCGUCUCUAUUUUUUCCAGGUGAGUGAAUCAUCGCUUGGAUCUGGCUGCCUUGUACUCACCCUUGGGCAGGGCCAUGAAAAAUGGAUCCAGAACUUCUAUAAACAGCGCGAUCAUGUCUUUGCCGCUAUGCCUUACCCCAUGCGUGUUGUGAUUGGGUACCUAGCCUACCGGAAGACGACGCAGACGCUUUACGGCCAAGGGACUCUGCGGUUUUCGCCCGAAGAGAUCAGUUCAUUCCGAGAUGAGAUCUGGGCUAACCUCAAUGGACUUAUCACUGCCGCGAAGCUCCAAAGAUCAGGCAAGGAUGACAAGGAAGACCCAUUCUGGGUCUUAGGGGGAGAUAACCCAACGGAUGCUGAUUCUGUGCUCUUUGGAUUCAUUGUCGGGACGCUGAUCUGUUGCUCAUGUCCGGAGUCGCAGAAGACAGUCAAAUCCUUUCCUGUCCUGGUGGAGUAUGCAACCCGUAUCCAUGAUCGCUUCUUUCCCGACUAUACCUUCUCGGACGGAACUGCGUCUCGUUGA